CCAAGUCCGCGGCGGCGGCGGCGGAGGGCAGAGCGCGGAGCCGCAGCCGAGCCGGAGGCGAGCGGGUGGCGAGCGGGUGGCGGCGCCAUGGCGUGCGCGGGGCUGCUCACCGUGUGCCUGAUCCGGCCGCCCGCGCCCGAGCCCCCGCGGCCCCCUGCGCCCGCCGGACACGCGCUCUUCCAGGACGUUUUCCGCAGAGCAGACAAGAAUGAUGAUGGUAAGCUCUCAUUUGAGGAAUUCCAGAAUUACUUUGCUGACGGGGUUCUCAGUCCGGGGGAGCUGCGGGAGCUCUUCGGAGGCAUUGAUGGGCACCCCACUGACAAUUUGGAAACGGAGAAGCUGUGUGACUACUUCUCGGAACACCUGGGUGUCUACCAGCCUGUGCUGGCUGCACUGGAGUCGCUGAACCGUGCAGUGCUCACCGCCAUGGACACCACCAAGCUGGAAUAUGAGCGGGCCUCCAAGGUGGACCAGUUUGUGACACGCUUCCUACUGCGGGAGACCGUGAGCCAGCUCCAAGCCCUGCAGAGCUCGCUGGAGGGGGCGUCUGACACUCUGGAGGCCCAGGCCCGUGGCCCGCGGUCAGAUGAAGAUAGUGUGGAGGUGCAGAGCAGGCCUCGUGGCAGCCGGCGGGCAGGGCGCAGGGCCCUGAGGAGUGUCAGCUGGUCACCCACCUGGUCUCCUGGCUCCUCUGACACAGGUGCACCUGUGGUAGGGUGGGAGGAGGGUCCAGGGCGGGUGCAGCAUCCCCAGUGCCCCCAGUGCCUGCUCUUCCACUGCUCCUCAGUUCAUCCUCAGAUGCCUCCCAAGCUGAGUCCCCCCGGACCCCCCACCCCAGGGCAGAGCUCAGAGGCUGAGUUGCAGUGGCGGCUCCAGGUCAACCGUCUCCAGGAGCUCAUCGACCAGCUAGAGUGCAAGGCCCCCCGGCUGGAACCCCUGCAUGAAGAGGAGCUUACCAAGGGGCCCGACUCGCACAUCCUUGUGGCCCAGAGGCAGAUGCAGGUGGCAGAGGAAGCCCUGCAAGACUUCCACCGUGCCCUGUGCUGCUACGUGGACUUCACAGGGGCCCAGAGCCAUUGUCUGCAUGUGUCUGCCCAGAAGAUGCUGGAUAAUGCCUCGUUCACCCUGUACGAGUUCUGGCAGGAUGAGGCUUCCUGGAGAAGGCACCAGCAGUCUGCCUGCAGUAAGGCCUUCCAGCGCAUCCUCAUUGACCACUUGCGGGCUCCGGACACCCUCACUACUGUGUUCUUCCCAGCCUCCUGGUGGAUUAUGAAUAAUAACUGAGCCUGACCUGCGUAAGCCAAGGACCCCGGGGCCCUGCCUGCCUCCUUCUGGAGCUUCUGGACUGGUCAACUCAGCACCAAGACCAAGGAUGCUGCUGCCUCCUAGACCCGAGGCCUGGCUUUCAGAGGCCUCCCACAUGCAGCUGGUGGAGAGUCUCAGCCCAGGGAUCAGGGACUGGGCUGCUUGCUUUCUAUUCUUUAUUUAUCAGUGUAUUUUAUUGUUCGUAGCUUUGGCAUUUGAGGCACUCUGGCCUCUGCCCAGCUCAGGAGGCCUGGAUCCUGGUCCCCUCUGCCCCUACCUUGCUGUGUGACCCAGGGCAGGUCUUUUCCCUCUCUGAGCGGGCCUUAGGCCAUCUGGCUGCCUAGUGGGUGCCCUGCUUUCUUCCUGCUGUUUUGGGGCCAGGCUUCUGUUCUUCUCCAAACAGCAGCAGAACCAGGGCUGAUGCUCAGGGACCCCCCUGACCCUGAACCUUGACCCCUGAGGCUGGGCCAGAUUUGUCUGCAGUGUGGAGUAAGGACCUGGGUGUCCCAAUCACCCUCCGGGGCCAACAGGCUCCCAACUCUUCCAGCACCCACGGCUGCACCAGAGACCUCUGGAGGAUCCUGGGUUGGUUUGCAUGUUGUUUGCAUAUCAUUUGCAUGCUCAUGCCCACCCAUACUCAGGGCCCUAUGGGAAGCCCCAAGGUGAUCUUGCCAAGUAGCAAUAAUUUGGACCCAGAGUCACCUGCUGCCCCAGAUACCUCUGAUCCCCAGCCCAGGACCCCAGCACAGAGGCAAUAAAGGCAGUGGUCACCUCUGGUG